AUGGUCUGGAUUGACUCCGUUCAGAACCCCUUCCGCCAGCUCACACUACCCCUUGCACUUGAGUCACCUGCCCUGAUGAUGUCGAUACUUUCAGUAGCCGCAGGGGAUCUCUGGACGCGAUCACACAGUCUGUUAGACAGCGCCACGAAUGUCUCCCAGCCUUGGGACAAAUACCAGAAGAAAGCUUUGGGGCAUCUGGCCGACCAUUUGAAAGACGAAAACAAACUCGGCCAGGAAACCGACAUCAACGCUUAUCCCGGUACAGACCUUGCAAGCCCCAUUCUAGCCGCUUUCCUGCUGGGCUCGCUGGCGAUCAAGUUGGGCAAUUCCACAGUUUGGAGACUCCACCUGCGCGCGGCAUGGACAAUGCUAGAACAUUGGCACGCCUGUCCUUCGCGAUGGUCCCUUUCGGUCGAUGCUGUCAAGGAGUUCCUAUGGCAGGAGGUAUAUUGCUCCAGAGUGUGGGAGUCGGUAACUACCUUCAAACCUCUGCAAGGCUUGGACGGAAAUGACCAUGAUUUUGAGCAUGAGGCUCCCUUCUUUCGGUACGCGGGGAUCAUUCGGAGGAUGGCUGAGAUGGAACGUCAAACGGCAGCAAAUGCAGCUCUCGUUUCCGAUAUGAUUUCGAUCACCUCUCUGGAGAUUGAGCUGGAUACAGCAAGACAGCGCACCAGAAAAUGUGGCGAAUCACUCACUUUCCCGUCGGCUCGAGCGCGCAUCGCGUUCGAUUGCGUGGUGGAAUUGUUUCAUCAUGCUGGGCUGCUCUACGCGUCUCAUGUACUUUCACAGGAUGACCUUUCCACAAGUGUUGCCGACAGAUCACGCAGCCUUCUAUUCAUGCCCUUGCAGUCUAUCGAAGUCACCGACAUAAUCGCCCAAGAUCUGACCUGGCCGAUUUUCAUCGCCGGGACGGAGUGCCAUGGCUGCUGUGAACGGCAAAACCUGGUGCGGGAACGAAUGAUACAGGUCAUGCAGCUGAGUGGCGUCCUGGAGCGACCGAGACUACUUGAGUUUCUCCAAACCUUCUGGCAACUGCAAAGCCAAGACCCUCAAGCGUCCUGGAUCAGCCUUGCAAGAGUGUGGGCUGAGUGUGGAGAGCCGAUUUUGAUCAUCUGA